UAUUAUGCGGGGCUUGGGUGGUGAAAAAUCGUGAAAAAGCGCACUAAAAAGCGCCUGAAAUCGUAUAAAAUCUUCCCAAACCUCGGUUUUCAUCUCAUUCUCUUGUUGAACAGUGCGUUUCGGCUCGAAAAUCGGUGGAAACAAGUGUGAGGAAGCCGGGGCGUUGCCAGGCGAACGAGCAUCCAACCAGCGCGGCACUUUGUUGUCGUGUUCCGGCUGUUCCGAAGCCGCCGCACGGUCUUCCUUGGGAGGGUGGCAGCAAACACCGAUAGCGAUGGAGCACAGCUACAUGCGAGACGUUCGGCAACUGGAGAGCUCCCAGACGGCGAAGACGCGUACCCUGAUGGUACAUCGGCCUCCGCAGUGUCCCUCCUGCCACAGCCAUGCCGACGAACGGAUCGAUCUGGAGGAAUCGUACAAUCCACCCAUCCCCUCGUACAACGAGGAAAGCGCCCGGAAGGCGAUGCAGGAAAGCGAAAACAUUAUCGCGGCCGCACGCAAAGCCCUUCCGGAUGAUGAGGAUUGGGAGGAGAGGGUGAACAAGUUCGGAUGGUCCGUGCAGCAGUUUAAACUGUUCGAUCGGGUUGCUCGUCUGCUCGAUAUGGAUCGGUUGGCACGGCUAACGAACACGGACAAGCAGCAUGAGCCCGUUCAUCGGCGCACGGUUAUCGACAAGUCGGUUAGCCGAUUGCGUCAAGCGCUGGCCAAUGUUUCGUGGGAGACACGGUUGACCCAGUGGCUGCACAGCUUGCUGGUGGAGAACCUGCCGCCCAGCUAUCUGGCAAUCUACGUGGAUAUUCUGCAAACGCUACAGGCGAAUCUGCCCGAUCUGGUGAACAAAAUGAUCUUCUGCCAUCCACAAAACAACGUCGGGCAGGAGCUGCUGGGUACGAUCCUGAAAAAGCCCUGGGAACCGAUUGUGGCGAACAAAAAUCGAAAACUACCGGGUCAACCGUACAUUAUCGUUGUACCGUCGGGGCCGUACUUUGCGCAGCCAUCGGCUCGGAUGCAGAAGUGGUACAAUUUGUUCUCUACCAUGGCCUCGGUUAUCCCCAUUCCCGGGCCGACGGUCGACGUGACGACUUCGAAGCAAACGUUGCAAAGCCUGGCCGAGCGGAUGGUGGCGGAAACGCGUGAAAAGAUACAGGAGAUACGCAAACCGGCCCCGAAUCGACCAAUUAUACUGGUUGGUUUCAAUGCCGGCGCUGCUCAUGCCAUCCAGAUCGGGCUGGUCGAGACGGUGAGCUGUGUCGUAUGUCUUGGGUUCUCCUACCACACCUACAAUGGACCACGAGGCGCUCCGAAUGAUCACAUCGUCGACAUCACAUCGCCAGUGCUAUUUGUCGUUGGCCAAAAUUCGGCCCGUGCGAGUCACGAAGAGAUAGAGAUGCUGCGAGACCGUAUGAUCGCCCAAACAUCCCUAGUGGUCGUCGGGUCAGCCGACGAGUGUCUGCGUGUGUCGAAGACGAAGCGCAAAAUCGAAGGCGUUACCCAGUCGAUGACGGACAAUAUGGUGGCGGACGAGAUAGCCGAUUUUGCGACCAGUUGUUUGGUCAACCCUCAGGGCCAUAGAAAGUCCGCGCAGGGUGAUCUAAAGCUCAACGGCCCGCUGACGAACUCAAACGUUGGCAUCAACAGCAACAUCAUUACGUUGACCAGUAACUACCGUGAAGUCAAGGAUUCGGCCGAUGCUUUAAAUCAACGGAAACGAAAGCAACCGCCGCCAUCACCAGCACUACAGACAAUUAGCGAUGCAAAAUACGGCAUGAUAUCCAGCAGCAAGCAACCGAAAAAAAUGCAGCUCAUUAAACCAUCGAGAGUGCCAAAGGGAACGAUUAGCCUAGCAGUAUCCACGUCGCAAUCACAGGAGGCCCUGGAUAUGGCGAUUCAAAGCAUUCUCCCAACGACACCCGAGAAACCAUCGACCAUCGUCGGUGGCAAGGUGAGCGAGCCUUUUAUCCGGAAUGUGUCACGCUCGGACUCGGCUGCUUCGCUCGGAACGAAAAAAGACGUACAGGUCGUUUCCGGGCUCGCAAGCACACCGCUCAUGUUGCCGAGAUUGAAGCGAGAUAUAUCGUCCACCACACACGGUACUCUACUCGAUGGCCAAGCGCAAUCGGGCAAUAUGAACGUGAAGCUGAUUGCCUCGAACCAGUUGAUCCAGCUGAAACCGAGCGCGGGGACGACGCAAAAGUUUUACUCGCUCCAGUCCACCACCACCAAACCGGUCGUCUCGGUGAUCUCCGGAUCGCCGGGUAGCGACGAAAGCCCACAAACGGCUUCACCUUCCAAAUUUAUGAUCAUUCGCAGUACGGGUCAAGUGAUCACAUCAUCGGGUGACACUCCGACAAGCAGCAAACCAGCCUCGGGCGACCUAACCGGAACCAACAUCUUCGAUAUGCCCAUCGUGUUCGCUGAUAAUGAUGGUUUCAUUGAUGAGAGCGCACCGUCGAAGGUGAAAGAGGGAGGUACAAGUAAAGCCAGCGCAAACAAAGCGACAGUUACCUCGGAUCAAAUGAUUGUCGCCAAUCCCUCGACAAUACCUGUGGUCGCAUCGGAAACGGUUGUGAAGACGACACCGCAGCUUACCGGUAAUCGGUUCGUGACACUACAACCAGCCAGCACAACCACCGGCAAGACAAAUAAGAUCGUGUUGAUCAACAGUAUAAAGCCUGUUGAUGGAAGCAUCCUGCUGCCGGGCAGUAUAAAUCUUUCUAACGUCAGCAAUGUCAGUGCAGCGUCGUCUUCCGGGGCGAACCAAGGUGGCGUAAAGUACACCAAAGUGGUCCUAACGGCCGGAAAGGCGGGAACGCCCCUUUCGAAAAACAUCAGCCAACUGCUGUCUAGUGGAAAGGUGGAAAUAAUGAACAAUAGCACCGUGAAACAACCGAGCACAUCAACACCCGUCACCCUGCAGCAGGGCAAAUUCAUCAUUAACACCUCGAAGACGAUCAGCAAUAUCCCUACUUCAACUAGUGCUGCUGGUACCACUUCCACCGCCAAAGGACAAAUCAUCGGUGGCAAUAAGAUACUGAUCAAAACGACCGGUGGUGGUACGACCACGGCGGCCGGUAUACCAUCGCUCGUCGGUCGAAAUGUUACACUCAAACGCUUGAACAUCAUUUCCUCCUCACCCGCGACCAAACCAACGACCACGACGACUACGGCCACGGCACAGAAGGAAAAAAUGCUGGCCGUACGACCAGCAAUCGGCUGCGGGUUAGUUACCCGUCUAGCGCCGGUUGCAUUGAGCGGGAUGAUGAAAUCGCCUACUACAAACAUCAUCAGCCGACCGUUUUGGGGCUGGGUGAACAUGAUGUUUAACCGGGUUGAUCGAGCACGCCUGAAGAAUGUAGGCCCCGAUCGGCUCUGUGCCGAGUGGCUGCUCAAGAACGGUGCCAAGGCCAAGUUCGUCAAAGAUAGCCGUACGCACGUGCAUUUUAAUGCGCUGCCGGAGGAAGCAUUACCGGUGCUGAUGGAAGAGCUGGAUGGUACCGAUUCCGGCAUCAUGCACAUCGGGUUCGACCAUCUCGAAGGAUUGACUCGGCUCCGUAAAGUGGUUCUGCAUAAUUGCGUCUACAUCGAUAACCAUGCCCUCGCCAAGCUGCGUCUCGCAGCCCACAGCCUAGAGGAGGUCCAGGUGUCCAAGUGUGGGAACGUGACGGACACCGGUUUGCUGGAGUUGAAGAACCUUCCGAAGCUGCAGCAGGUGACGACGUUCGAGUUGCCGGAUGUGAAAGAUUUGAAGCAAGUUGAGCAGCAACUACGUAGUGCUUUACCGAGCUGCAAAUUCGACAUGAAACCUUGAAACGAUGAACAGUAGCUUAAUUUAAUAAAAUACUAUUUUAGUACA